UUCGUCGUCGUCGACGACGAUUUCGAGCGUCGAGGUCGUCGACUGGAUCUUCCUUCGCUUCCUAGUCUAGUUCGCUCAGAGCUGAGACUCGACGUUCACCUUGGUACUUUGACCAUCCCAUCGUCAUCGUCAUGAUCUGUAGUAAACGGGUAGGUACGUAGGUACAUCAGUACGUCAGUACAUCAACGUACAUCAGUACAUGCUCGAUCUCACACACACACAUACACACACACACACACACAACCACAAACACACAACAACCACACCAUCCACACCGACGCCACCGCCAACGACGAUAAUCAACACCUCGACUUGCGCGACUUGCCGCUGCCGAAAGGAAUCGAUAAAGAUCGAUCGCUCAUCCCUCACAGUGCCUCCUCGGAUCAUGACGUCCCUUUUCGAUUCGGCGUGGACGGUUCUGUCUCCCAUUAUUCAGAACAACAAUGGCUAUCAUCGACUCGAAUCGUCAGACCCGCCAGGUCAUCGAGCGAUACGGACCGUUCUAGCUCGAGAUCGCCUCAAUGAUCCGAGUCUCUGGCGUGGAUAUAAUGAUUUCAUACGGACCGCCCCACCAGAGCUCGGACAGAUCACUUUGGCCAAGUACGCCGAUUACUUCCCUCGAGAGGUCAUGCGGAACUGGGAUCUACGUAGGGCAACCCGUAACUAUCCUGGCUUGAGGGAUUUCGAUCGACCUGAACCUCCAUGGCAGUCGGUCCAGUAUAUCGCCCUUCAUUAUCCUGUCGACGGAGGGAACGAUCAAUGGAAGACAAUUUUCCGGUGGGACCUCAUGACCGCCUGGGAAGUCUUGCGCCAAGUGGCCUUGACCCGGACCUGCUUGGCCGAGAUCGUGCGCCAGAACGACUAUCCCAUCGAAUGGACCGCGCCGGAUCCGGAGGUCCGGGCAUUCUUGCACGAUUGGGCUAUGGCGGCUCGAGAAGAAUUCGAACGACUCGACGAUCACCUCGUGUACCUUCAUCACUUUGAAAGGGUAGGAUGCCCACCCAGAGAAGGCUGGUCGUCGAGCGAGUCAAUACCGGAUCGUUUGGCCUACACCUUCCACAAACGUGACUCUGGCGAUGAUUUAGCUGGACUGGACGAAUUCCCUUGCAAACUGUUCGAGCGUCUAAAUCACAUGCUGGAUGGCAAGGAUAUCCUCUCCGACCGCUUGACGGCGAGGUCGGCGACGGCGGCCGCUGGACUGAUCAGAGCUCUCGUGCAGGAGUUUCAACCGUACCAACCUUACGGCACCGAGCCCAAAGUCUUUGCAUGGUGGCGAAAAAGAUUGCCACACGAUCAACGUCUGGUCAAGUACGCCGAUCGCUCUGAUCUCGGUCUCGACGUCGCUUCGCGAUACAGAAGAGAGGUCGGUGGCUGGGCAUUUCUUCUUGGCAUCCCCGAGUCGGACUCGGCGGAAAAGGUCGACAAGAGUCUAGGAGGCGAGCCGGGCAUUCCAGAGUCACGCUCCGCGGAGAGGGUCGACGGAAGUGUGCAUUCGGGUAUCCCAGAGUCGGACUCUGCAGGAAAGAUCGACAGUAAUUUAAGCCUGGGUAUACCGGCAUCGAAGUCUGCGGAAAAGGUCGAGCAGGUUCUGGUUUUGGGCUCGACGAAACCUUCGAUCCGGUCGAAGGACGCCUCGAUGGCUACCCAGAAAGACUCGCUCUCGCCUUGAUUGACGGGAUCAGCAAUUCUGUCACAAUUCACGCCAUCGGAUCAACCUUUAUCUAUCACCAACUUCGACCGUUCCUGCCACCCGCCAAAGCUUCCUUUGACCAUCAGUUUCCAACACGUUCGCUGUAUC